GUCAUAUAGUACGUCAAAGCGCCAGUUUUCCAGUCUCAUUUGCAUUUUUUAAGCGCUGUGCAACGAUUGCCAAAAAAAUUCGCUACGGAUUUUCUUCUAGAGUAUAUUUCAAUACUUGUCUGGCGGAAUGUUAUCUUUACUCGGGCCAUAAAUUACGACUGAGAUAAAUAAAAUCUUAUUUUUAUUUAUGAUUUCGAAUAGCGUGUGAAUAUGAUGUAUUGAUAUUUGUUAAACAUUUUCAUGUUGAGUAAUAACAAUGUCAAUUUUCUCAAAAUAAUGGCAUAUAAGGCAAGGCUCAAAGAAUUUGACCAGAUACUUGAUCAAGAUAUAGUAAACAUUCGGGUGUUGAAAAAACUAUCUUUCCAUGGAAUACCUGACGACCAAGGCAAACGAGCGCUUUGUUGGAGAUUACUUUUGAACUAUCUACCGCCUGAAAAGGGAAAAUGGGACUCGCAUCUGAGGGAUAAACGAAAUUUGUACAAACAAUUCAUAAGUAAGCUUAACCUCAAUGUGUACAAACAUAUUGCCAAAUUUAUGCCAAUAACAGACUCACAGAUAGCAGUAUUUUUGAAGAACUGAGCUGAUUUGGCUACAAGAUAUGUCCCAAAGAAGAAAUUCGUCAAAAUGAAAUGAUAGUAAGGCCAGGAGAAAAUGAAGAAAACGGUGAUGUAACUCAAGGUGACCAUCCACUAAGUAUAAAUCCAGAUAGUGAGUGGCAAACAUUUUUCAAGGACAAUGAAGUUCUACUUCAAAUUGAUAAAGAUGUUAGGAGACUUUGUCCAGACAUAUCUUUCUUCCAACAACCAACUGAAUUUCCUUGCACAGAAGUGGUUAACAGCCAUGGAGUAAAGAGACUGCACACCAGGGUACAACGUAGAGUGCUGAAAUGCGCCAAUGUAGAAAGGAAAGGGUUAGGUAUAACAAAAAUAGCACUGUCUGUGAAAAAAGCGACAGAAGACUACGCGCCAAUGACAGAGGGCAAAGAAGCACAUUGGGAAGUCGUAGAAAGAGUUUUGUUUUUGUACGCCAAAUUGAAUCCAGGUCAAGGAUAUGUGCAAGGCAUGAACGAGAUCGUGGGGCCCAUUUAUUAUGCCUUUUCAUCCGACCCUGAUAUUACUUUUAGAGAGCACGCUGAAGCAGACUGCUUCUUCUGCUUCACGAAUUUGAUGUCAGAAAUCCGCGACUUCUUCAUUAAGAGCCUCGACGAGUCUGACCAAGGGAUCAACCGCAUGAUGACCCGGAUGUUGGUCCAAUUGAAGAACUGUGAUUUGGACGUGUGGCUGCGUUUUCAGCAGUUGGAUCUCAAGCCCCAGUUUUAUAGUUUCAGGUGGAUUACGUUGCUCCUUUCCCAAGAAUUUCCAUUGCCCGACGUUCUAAGAAUAUGGGAUUCUUUGUUUUCUGACGAGCGUCGAUUCGACUUUCUUUUACACGUCUGCUGUGCUAUGAUAGUUAUUCUUAGAAACCAGUUAUUAGAAGGAGACUUCCCGUCCAACUUGAAACUGUUGCAAAACUUUCCGCCAAUGGAUGUGCAGGUGAUUCUAUCCAAAGCUGUAGAAUUAUCACAGCAGAAGAUAUUUUAGGAUGAUAUUUGAAUUUGUUAUAUAUGCGAAUUAAACUUGUCAAUGAACUAUUAGCGAUGUAAAAUUCAUUCAAAAUGGUCUGAUGUGUUAUUCUAAGACUAAAAAAUCAAAUAAACUCUAUUUUUUUAAAUAUGUGUUUUUAGGUAAUUAUUGUUAAACUUUUGUAAUACUCAUUAUCUUGUAUCAUUUUUUAUUAGUUAGAAUAAAUCUUUAUACAUAAAAAA